AAUAAGACAAGUUUAAUGAGCCAUACAAAUAUGCCUACAAUGUUUCUAUGACUACACUGAGCAAAACAUUGCUAUUUCUCAUAUCACACGAUAUUUUACGCUCACUGUUAUUAGAUAAAUACGCAGUCGUCUAUUUCUUAAUAAGAGAAGCACUAUUUUUAAACUAAUAUCUAACUUUUAACUUGAAUUAAUAUCCAACACUAUUUAUUUUUCCGAAAAAAUGGACUCGGAGAAAAACGGUUCUGAUAAAAUCGGAGAACGACCGGUUACUCGUUGGCGACGGGACCAAGAGGAUAUCGCUAGCACCUCGAAUAAGAUUGACAGACCGCCGACAGGUAGACCUCGAAGUAAGUACGAACGACCGAGGUCUCGCCGAGGGCAUAAGGACGAGCCGCCGGAAUACGUCGGCUCGGCCACCUUCCGCUCGGCAACACCUAGUCGUUUUGCUCUGGCAAGACCACCGUCGGCAUCUAUCAUGUCUAAUCGUGCACCAACUGCGAGCUCGGGACUCAGAAUAGGAACUGGACUAAGUCGCACGAACAUGGGACUGGUAACUGCCAAGCAAUUCAACGUGAACAUGCUGGACAGACCAAUUACUCAGCACGGAAUGGCAGGCAUACGACCGAGUACUACUAGAGGUUUACCGAUGACAAGGCAAAUUCAAGACAAGAGAUACUACGAGGGCCUGCUGCAGUUAAAGAUAAGAGAAUUAACACAGGAGAUUGCGAUAAUAAUGAAAGAUGUUGAAGUGCAAAAUAAGGAGAAGGCUACUUUUCUGCACUACGAUAAGAGAGCCAAAAGUCUAGCUGCAGAAUUGACGACUUUACAGGCUGAGUUAGCGGAUUAUAAUCUCGUCGUAGACAAGAUGACUUCAGAUGUCGAUAAGGAAAUUGUCGAGCAAGAAGCUAAAGAGCUGAUGCUAAUAAAUGAGCGCAGGACAGCGGAAGUCGAACGAAUGUUCGAGCAACGAAAGCAGAUGGAACAGAAACUGCAUAAGUUACAGAAGGAUAUUGAAAAUGAAAAAAGGAGGACCGAGCACAUUGUCGAGAGUAUGGAUUCGCAUACGAGAGAGAAAUACGACGAUUUAUUGCGACAGAAAACGGAAUUACAGGAGCAAGCUCAGCAAAUACAACGCGAAUUGGAUCAGCUGUCGAAAGAGCAGGCACAUUUGGAAGAACAAAUAGCACUGUCACAACUGAAGCAAGAGGCAGUGAAGCUACAAGUGAGAAUCAUAGAAGCGGAGGAGAAACGGAACAGAUUGCGCGAAGAAGAGCGCACGAGAUUGUCACCAGAGGAUGAAAAAGAACAGCUUUUGCAAAAAAUCAAACGCGAUAACAACGAUAUUGCCGCGACAGAAGCGCAGAUAGCUGAGAAGGAGAGAAAGGUAACAGAACAAGAACAACAGCUGGAGCAGCUAGAAACUGACUUGGAAGACAAUCAGUCAGAGAAACAAAAUAAAUAUCAGGAAUUGCGUAAGCGUGAAGAGCUGAUGGAGGAGUUCAUGUCCACGUAUGAGCAAAGCAAGCAGGAAGAAAUGGCAAAACUGGAGAAGCUCGAGCGAGAGAUCAUCGACAAGUUAGAGGCCGUAGCAAACGCGACAGAGAACGAGUAUCUGACCGAAGCUGAAGAAACGAUGGUUCUACGCGACAAAUUAUCGUACAACGAUUACGAGAUGGCACAUCGCGACGAUGACUUUGAGGAGUUAAAGAAAGACUAUGUAACUAUGCAACAGACGUUCAAUAGAUUGAGGAUUUUGGAAGAAAAGUUGCAAUUAGAGUCAAAGCAAAUGAAGGAGAAGCUAGAGAAACAACAGAGUGAGUUAAUUGUUUUGGAGGAUUUGGACGGCUUGAAAACGCGAAAUGAACUCAAGCGGGAUGAAUUGAUUGCUGAACGUGAGGGGCUUGUAUCUGAAGAAUCGAUUUGUGAAGAUGACCUCAAGUCUUUAAGAGUGGAAUACAACGAGUUCAAAGAAAAACUGAAGAAAUACGCAGUUUAUCCGGAGAUAAGUAAUCUGGAAGAUAAAUUAGAAAAUUUGAAAGAAAAUAAUAAGAAAAUUGAAGAAAUUAUAACCAAAGAAAAGAAUCGUGUUAAUUAUGAGCCACACAAACAGAAAGCUUUUAAAUUAAUUAAUGAUUACAAUGUAAUGUUGCAAGAAAAACUGAAAUCUCUGUAUUAGACUUCAAUAGUUUCUUUAUCUUAUUUUUAAAAAUAUUUAUUUGACGAUAAUAAAUCGGUGCAAUUGUAUUCAUGCAUGUUUUAAUAAUUAUAACAAGUUAGUGUUCUUGUAUGAAAAUUUGAAUCAAAUUAAAUUUGCC